GCCGCGGCCACUACCGGCCGGAGCUCCAACGAUAACGAGGAAGAAAUUACCGAUUGUUUGGGUUGAGGCAGGGAGACGAGAUUUUAGGGUUUUGGGAAUUAGGGAUUAGGGAAGAUGAGAGAGUUGACGGCGGGCGAUGAAUUCAACACCGAAGAAGCCGAUCUAGUGGUCUUUCCGCCCACCUGCGUUUGCACAAGCAGGCCGCCGGAUAUUGAUUGUCGGGGAUUUGAUAAGCUGAGGAACAUCGCCGGGAAAUUUUAGACGGUGGUCGGGGAUCCGCUUUGCCACCUGUUCAACUGUUCUUCCAAGUGUCCGUCAUGCCACCAAAUCGCGCCAACUCAUCCGUCCAACCACCAUGGCCCCUGCGCAAAAGUUGACCUGCAUGAAACAAGAAAUGAUCGGUUCUGCCACCUGUUCUUCCCGUUGCGACACGGGUGAAACAUUGCGGAUCUGUGGUAACCUAGAAAUCGUGCUGCAGCACUGGUUUCACACAUCUUCGCCAUAUUCCAGAAGAAGAAGUGUUCAUACAAGUGCUGGGAAUGGAGCUUGGAGGUUCUCUUGCUGUCCCCAACGUUCAAGAGCUGGCUUGGAGCUCGAAGGACGUACCGGCUAGGUAUGUACGUCCUGAACUCGAGCUCGAUCGGGUUUCUAAAGACGAGUCUGUUCGAGUUCCAGUGAUCGACAUGAGCAAGCUGGUUGGUGGGUGUGAUGAUGAAGAUGAAUUGGCUAAGCUUCAUUCGGCUAGUAGAGAUUGGGGAUUCUUUCAGAUCUGCCAUCCAAACAGAUCAGAUCCUAAACUUGAUCGAAGGCAUAAUCGGUAUCAUGUAAAAAUACAGGUGAUCAAUCAUGGUGUUCCGGACAAGGUGAUUCUGAAAAUGAAGGCAGAUAUUCAGGAGUUCUUCAGUCGGCCUUUGCAGGAGAAGAUGGAAUGUGCACAACUUCCUAGUGACAUCCAAGGAUAUGGACAAGCGUUCGUGGUAUCAGUAGAGCAAAAGCUAGAUUGGGGUGACAUGCUCUACAUUCUUGCACAACCUCAAGAUGUAAGAAACAUGAGGUUUUGGCCAAGAGUUCCCUCUUCUUUCAGGGCAACUCUGAUCCAGUAUUCAAUAGAGCUGGAAAAGCUGAAAGGUAUCUUGCUGAGUUCCAUGGCAAGGAAUCUGGGACUUGAGCCAGAAAAGCUGCUCACUUUGUUUGAAGAAGGUGUUCAAGGUGUAAGAAUGAACUAUUAUCCACCAUGUAAGCAAGCAAGCAAGGUUAUUGGUAUCUCCCCACAUACCGACGUCGUUGGACUGACAUUGUUGACUCAAGUGAAUGAAGUACAAGGUUUGCAGAUCAAGAAAGAUGGGAAAUGGAUUCCUGUUGAUCCCGUUCCAGGUGCCUUCAUCGUUAAUGUUGGCGACGUAAUUGAGAUCAUGAGCAAUGGAGAAUACAAGAGCAUAGAGCAUAGGGUAGUAGUGAACCCUGAAAAGGAGAGGCUUUCAAUUGCAGCAUUCCACAACUCAAACCGCAACGCUGUGAUUGGACCCUUACCAGAUAUUCUCAGCAAGGAGCAGAAGAAGCGAGCACCAAAUUACAAAUCCAUAUCAUACCAAGAAUUUUUGAAACUUGGACAGAAAGCUACACUCGAGGGCAAAGAAAAGGGCCUCGCUCAUCAUUUGAAGAUAGAAACUGAAGCAGCGCAGUAAAAAUUCAAGCACCUCCAUGGUCAAAAAGUAGCUCCAAAGUGUAAAAUUAAGCCAAAUGGAACUUUGUUGUUUCGGAUUGCGAAUACCCAUUUGUAGAUGAGAUCCAGACUCUGUAACCCAGUACCAUAACCAUGCAAAAGAUUGCAACUUUAAUGAGAAAUCACAAGAAGUCCCAUCCUGGAGCUGUCUGAUGACAACCUUGAAAUCUUUCACUCGUGGUUUGGGAAAGGUGGACGUGGUCCUUGAAUAGAAGUAACUCACUAGCCAUCAAUACUUCUCAAGAUAGGAUACCUUUCUGGACAAUCAAAUGACUUCUUCCCUUAAGGAAAGGUCAUGCCGUGCAUCUUGCAAAUGUCAAUGAGACUCAUGCUUUCGACUUUGGAAUCACGGACAGGUUCCUUUGCUGCAAAAAUAUUCAAGAGACCCAAUAAUGUAGCCACCUCUGGAGAUGAUCUACUUGGUUCCUUAGCUCUUUUACCACUUCUGGGCAAAGAAGUAUCUCCCUGGCUCGUAGUCAUGUGCUCUACGUUUUCCAACACAUUAGUUUCUGCAGCAGCAUUUGAGCCGAAACCCUCACCAACGUACUCCAGCUUCCUCUUUGCAGCUGACCCUCGUUGUGCUGCUUCACUCUUUCCAUCAUCCGUGUGUUCUAUUGCUAUUGCAGAUGCUAACCGCUUGACAGCCUGAACAGAUUCCGGUCCUUGUUUUCGUUCUUUCGUGGUAGACCCCAUUUUCUCCAGGGAUCUCUGUAGAACUAGAGCUGGAUCAAUGCCCAGAUUAGCUUCUGAAGUCUGCAGAAACAUGCUUUUGCUGAAAUUCCCCCCUUGUUUCUCACUCGCAGUUGCUAAUCCUUUCAAUGGAGACCCCAAUUUCUGCAAAGAAACUAUCGAUCUCUGUACAACUAGAGCCGGGUCGCUGCCCAAAUUAGAUUGCGGAGUCCGCAGCAAUGGAGUUCUGCAACAACUACUACUACCCUCUCGCUUCUCGGAUACCGACUGCAAUAAGCCCAGGCAUCUUGUUAGUCCCUUCCAUUUCUUCUCACUCACGGAAAUUCCAGAACCCCCAACUUUAUCAGAAUUUCUAGAUACUGUGAUAAGAGGUUUGCAAACACCACCAUCACCGAAACCCAAUUCCCCAUCUAGCACCCUAGGUUCUUCAGAAUUGCAGAGAAUUACCUUGUCCUGGCUUUCGAUCCUCUCCGUCGACUCCGAUUCGGGCUCAAUGGAGAACAGUGGAUACGUAUCCCUGCUCAAGUCGACAGCUGCCGAAUCCUCUUCCGAAGAACCGCCACCGAUCACCACGGUAUCUUUGUCGCUGUCGUCGUCAUUUCCAGCUCCGCCGCUCGUCGCCUGAACGCCACCGCCGGGGCUGUCUUCGGGUUGAUUCUCCUCGACGGGGGUCUCUGGCAGAGAUUCCAUCCUUAUCGGCGUUGAUUCGAGGCGGAGAUCGGCAGAAGCGGCGUCUUGGCUGGAGUCGGAGAGGAAUGGGAUGGGAGAAUCGGGUGGAGGCUCCAGCGCGAAACGAGAGCGGCGCAAGUACUCUUCUUGGGAAGACGAUAACGAGCAUAGCUCGGCUAUGGACGCGAAAGGGUCGAUCGCUGCCAUUGGACGG